UUGGGUCUCUCGAUACCUGCCGACUCCGGCCCCCCCUUGCAUAACCACGCCACACAACAAAGACAAAGUAUAAGUACAGAAUCAACGCGACAACCGCCAUUACCACCACCAUCACCACUACUACCACUAUUAUCAUGGGCAAAGUCUGGCUUAUCACAGGAUGCUCAUCGGGCUUCGGCCAGGAAAUUGCUUUGGCUGCGCUGGCGCACGGCGACAUAGUCGUUGCCACAGCGCGUGAUCCGGCCAAGCUUGCCCAGCUUGCUGAGCGUGGUGCCAUCACGGAGCAGCUCGACGUGUUGGACAGCGACGAGAAGCUCAGCAGCAAGGUCGACACGAUCGUGAAGAAGACUGGCGGGAUCGACAUACUAGUCAACAACGCUGGCUACAUCUUGGCUGGCGGGGUCGAGGAGUGCAGCCGCAGCGAGGUCGAAGCGCAAUUCAACACCAAUGUCUUUGGCCAGCUCAACGUCAUCCGCGCCGUGCUGCCAGUGAUGCGUGCGAAACGCUCUGGCGUCGUCGCAAACCUGGGCUCUAUUGGUGGCUGGCACGGAACGCCUGCUGCGGGCAUGUAUUGCGCCACCAAGGCCUGCUCCACCAUCCUCGCCGAGGCGCUUCGCCAGGAAGUCGCCCAUCUCAACAUCAAAAUCACGUGCAUCGAACCUGGCUACUUCCGCACCAACUUCCUGAGCGCCGGACAUAAGACGACUGCGGCGAAGCGCAUCCCAGACCUGGCUGCCGGCGUCGACGGCACUUACGCGGGUCUCGAGGCCUACGACCAUAACCAGCCCGGCGACCCGCAGAAAGGCGCACGCUUGAUCGUCGAGGCACUCACCGGAACGGGCCGAUGCCAGGGACGAGAGCUACCAGCGCGUCUGAGCUUGGGCAGCGAUGCUUACAAGAUGGUUUCGGGUCACAUCGAGCGGUACAAGGCCGAACUCGAGAGCUGGAAGGACGUCAGCACCACCACGGAUUGUGAUGCGUGAAGGUCAUCGCGAUAAGGGAAUAGCCGGUAAGUCUAGGCGAAGGAGUAUGAAUGAUGAAGUAUGGAUGAUAGUUUGCAAAGGUCGCUGUCAUUAUGGGAAGCUAAAUGGACUAUGAUGCACAUAUACAUGGAUGAUGUUUGAGCACGUGCGGGGAAGC